AUGUUCUUCGGACGUCGUCAUUCCAUCGCUGGCGUCGCCCCAACCCAGGAUGAUGGCUUGUCAAAAAACUUGAGACGCAGACGCGCAUCCGCGCCGCAUAUCCAGGUGCCGGAGAAUGGCCUGCAGACGAAAAUCCGCGAGUUCUUCCGGAGGCGAAGGGAGCCCUCCCCGAAUCGCGCGGAAACACCAGUGGUCGCCGGGAUCGAGAAGACAGGAAGCCCUCGACCCGCAUCGGGAUCCAACCCACCCAGACGCCAUGCAAGCGUGCACGCUCGGCAAGACAGCGGGGGGGUACACCCCCCCCGGGCGGACGCCAUCGCCAAGAACACCCCCCGCUGCAAUUAUCACUUGACGCGCAAAGAUGUCGAGAUGAUCUUCUCUGGGGCGCCGUAUUUUCUCCUCGAGAAAGGAAAGCAGGAUCAGUGGUAUCCGCACGUGAUUUUCCCGUUCGACGAUCACGAUCCGACGAUUCAGAGUUUAUGGGAUCGACGAGCGUUGCCUUAUGCCUCGUACACCCUCUGCACGCUGCAUGCCCACCUUCCCAUUCCCGCGGAGUGGUCGAUCGAAGGAGAUGCCCCCGGUCAUCUCGAUCGCUGGCAGCCGACGGGAUCGCCCAAGAGAGCGAGUUUCGACGUGGGGAUGUUUGAGGUGCCAAACAUGCUGUCCAUGAAUGGAACAGAGCCCGGAUCUGUGGGGUUCCAUUAUUUCUUGGAGAUGCCCGUAGCCGAUUCGCUUCGGUUCCCGGGAUCCUCGCCCGUGAGCCCCUUUGCGGACCUGUUGCGGUUAUCGACCUUACCAGCCACGGAAGUGUAUAGCCUGAUGGAGCACCACAACGAUCCGUACGCCUUGUGCGCGGAUGGGACCGUGCACAGCAGAAAAACAUUAUUGCUGGAGGGACCCCUCUCCUGGAAGAGAAUCGGGGUUCGCGAGAUUGAUCUGCAGCACUUGGUAGAGCGUCUGCAGACGCUGAAGAAUCUCCGGUAUGAGAUCCUGCACGGGGAGCAGGCCAAGACCAUCUUGGACCUGGAAGGGACGCGAGAACUAUUCAGUGGACUCUUCACCAAGUUCCUUUAUCCUCCGUCUCGAUUUAUGCUGAUGGAAGGCGAAGAACCGUACAGCCUCCAGUCCCAGAUCAAGGCCCUGACCUUGGUCCUCGCCACGCCCGGGGCGUGGAUAGACUUUAGCAGGGUUGAGUGGCGAAUGCGCAUCGGGCAAGUGUUGUGGGAGCUGCCGCCCCAUGCGGAGCAGGACCUGCUGGACCCUUCGAUGUGCGAGAAGCCAUGGGUGCACCCAACCCUCGAGCGCAAGUGGUUUCUGGUCCAGAUGGUGCUGGCGGCCGAAUUGCUGCUGCGCCUGGAUGCCACCGUGCGCGUGGGGCUCCUACAGAAUUCCCGGGAGCUGGACAUUUCGGCCAAGGAUAUCCACGACUUUGAGCAGUUGCGCAAUGCCAAAGUCAACUGGGACAUGAUCGCAGUUCGCAGACUCAUGGAAAGCUUCCACUUCACGUCUAACCCAGUCCACCCGCCGGCACCGCUGCGCAACGCCAGGGAAAAGCAAAGCGUGCACCAUUCCUUUUUGGAGACCCUGACCCAUCGCACGUCUAGUCCGGCGACGACCGGUGACGAAUCGGCGUGGUGGAAAUGCCAUCUGGCACCCGAGUACGUCGACCAACAGUUACAAGGGCUUUUCGUGUUUGCGGAGAACAUCUGCUGGCCUCGGCUGGAUGAACUGAAGCAGCAUUUCCAGCCGGUCUUCGGGAAGGGAAAAUCGGCCGCGGUGCGAGAUGCCUAUAAUCGGCCGGUUCGGCGGGCGGCGUUGUUGACGGCCAAUAAAAAGGACCACUCCAAGAACACAUCCAGCCGAAGCUUGUCAUCCCGACCGAUCAUGCACCUGCAAUAUGCACCGAACGACCCGGAGGCGACCGAUAUCGAUGGGUGGAUCACACGAACCUGGCUGUCGGGGCUGGUUCUGCCCGGGGACGGGAUCAGCCAUCUCCUGAUGGCGACGAUAUUAGAGAACGAUGCGGACGCCAUGGCCUUGCUUGGGCCCCGGGCAGACCUGUCGGGGGGCUUUGCCUAUCGCGGUCGGAGCUGGUGGAGCAAGGAUUGCAUCGUUGGGCGGGUCAUUUCGAGUCUCGGUGGAACGCAGGUUUGCAUGGGAUGGAUAGCGAGCCACAUAUUACCGCAAGACUCGCGGUCGAUGGAGGCCCUGGAUAACACGUGGGUUGAGAUCUCCGUGAAAGAGCCGCAACCGGGUCCGGGAAAGCCACGCAUCCAGCAGGGAAAUAAGAUCUCCUUGGAGUCGACGCCGCUCGGCCUGGGCGACGUGACCAGUGGCGCGUUUUCGUUACCCGUGGAUGACGCUCAUGGCCAAGAGCCUCUGGGCAAGAUUGACUUUCAGGCGCUGAUGUUUGAUGCGAAGCGGCCACCCGGAGAUAAACCACCUGGGAUGGUGGCUCCCAAGGCUUCCCUGGCGUUUUCCCUCCCGUCCGGCCGGAGGGGAUCCGCGCGAACGAUCACGUUCCCGCUCCAGUACAAUGUUCAGUUCAUCUCCUCGCACGAAUGUCGUCCCCCGGGAGGACUCCUCUCGUAUUGCGCACCGGUGGACCAUGAUGACGCGGAGGACCGUGGUCCCCGGAGACAUCGGUUGCGUGGGCAUCCGCUUCACCGAUCGUACGCAUAUCAAGUGAUUCCGCUGGACUCGUUGCCGGACAUGGUGGAAUCGGACCGUUCUUGGAUGAUGGAGGGGAUCAUGGUGCUGGAUGCGCGUGGCGGACGGGAACGAGAAGCCUUCGCCCGCGCGUGGUGUGCGUCGGUCGGGCAGCAUGCGAUCCUGGGUCGCGUUGGACGAACGUGCCUCGCGUGCAGUAUCCGAGAAGCGCGGGCGAUCAAGGUGGGGGUGGUGAUUCGAGUGACCAAGUUGUGCGAAGGUAUGCCCGCCGUGGUUCAGUAUAUCGCCUCGACGACUCCCAAUCCACAAAUCGCCGUCAUGGACCCCUCGACCGUCGACAAGAAACGCAACAAGCUGGGGUAUCAUCGGACAUCGGUCGCAUGCGUUCACUGUCGACGGCGCAAAAUUCGCUGUCUCGUCGCCGCAGAUGACGUCCAGGGUCGAUGCGAAAACUGCAUUCGCCUGUGCAAAGAGUGCCAAUUCUUCCCCGUCGACCAGCAGCCCCCGAUCGAGAAGAAAUCCCGGCCCAAUUCCCGCAUAGAGACCGCGUCCACCGACCCGUCGACGGCCUCGUCGUCCCCCCCGACCGUUGGCGAGCAGACCGACGCCUUUUUCGCCUAUCAGCCCAUUGCCCUGAGUCCCGGGCAAGACGUCGCGCCGUUUAAUGGGGGCGCUUAUCCGGGGUUUGCGCCAGGUGCGUUCUCUUCUCUUCGCUAUCCAAACCACAGAGAAAGCACAGUGAUUGAUCAGCAUUUAGAUGCGAUGCCGACCCUGGACCCCUCGGUCCCCUGGGACGAGUUCACCACCAUCGCCGCCGACCCGCAGAUGCUCGCAGCAGCAGCAGCAGCAGGAUCCAUGUCCGCCACACGCAAACCAACCUUGGUGAAUAUGCCCCCCGGCGUGUGGAGUCCAACACCCCCCCCGAUGCCGCCCAUGCCGCCCAUGUCGCUCCCCGGGGCUCCCACCGUCCCGUCGCAAUCACAACCGCUCAGUCCAGCCAGCCCGUACGCGGUGCAGCCGGACGGAUCGCUGUGGCACGUGGCGCCCCCGCGAGCCAUGACGUUCCCGGCGCCACCCGACCUGACUUCUUCGCCGUAUGGGACCCCGGGAGCGUCAUUCGCACAGCCACGAGCCACGGAUCUCAAGCGCAGAAUGACGAAUCCGGGGUUCCCGGGGGGUCCAGACCUGCAAGGGGGACCGGUGCCUGUCUCGUAUCCUGGCCAGCCCGCCGCCAUGGGGUAUCCGUCAUGGCCGGACGUGAUGGUCCAGUACCCAGUGUAUACAGCGGAUGUGCCAGAGCAAGCAGGAUUUAACAAUGCGCCCAUGGGUCACCACCCUUCCCACGGUCAGCCGCAAGGAUCGUGA